AUUAAGAGAUGGCUAUGGAAGCUGGAUUUAAUAAAGACUCUGGAACAUCGUACUUCUGCGGAGCCAAUGGAUUUGCCAUCUAAUUUAGAAGAACUGAAGAAUAAGGAAUAUUAUUGUGUAAAAGUGAGAGGAAAAUUUUUGUAUGAAAAAGAAUUUUUGAUGGGGCCCAGAAGUCUUAUUCUAGAUGGAGAAGCUGUCAGUGAAAAAGGCGGAGGAGUAUUUGCUAGCAAGUCGAGUACAGGAUAUUAUGUGAUUACACCUUUUAAACUGGAAGAUCGGGAUUUGACCAUCAUGGUAAAUCGUGGAUGGAUCCCUAAAAAUGAUCGUACAUCAUAUAAAAUGGAAGACAAAAUUACAGAUUCCAUGGAAAUCGUCGGCAUUUGUAGAAAAACUGAAAAUCGACCUCCAUUUGUGCCUGCCAAUGCUCCUGCAAAAGGUGUAUGGCAUUACAGGGAUCUAGAUGCAAUGGCAAAGGUAGCAGAAGCAGAACCUGUAUAUAUAGAAUUAUUGCCCGGAUAUAGCACACCACGAGGACCGAUUGGUGGUCAAACAAGAAUAACUUUAAGAAACGAACAUUUAAGUUAUAUAAUCACCUGGUACGGGUUGUGUGGCGCUACGAGCUAUAUGUGGUUUCGAUAUUUUGUGCAGAAAUUACCUCUUGCUUAGUUGCAUUUUUUUAGAAGCAGAAAAAAUUUAUCUGAAACAUAUGUAAAAAUGUGUGAGAAGAAGAGAGAG